AUACUUUCGAGCGCAUGAACUACAUGGUUAGCAAAGAGAAGAAAUUCAAGCUAAAGUGCAGAACGCAAACUCUAUUUAGUACGGUGGAGGCUGAAAGUAUCUCGUGCUAUUUGCUGUAGGAACUAUUCCCUCUGACUACUGAAGCCACUAUGAAAUUUAUGUACAAUCCUUAAGAAAACCUCGAUGGGAAAAUGAAAUCGACGAAAUAACUAAUUGAAUUGUAAGCGGAAGUGUAGAACUAUCUCAACCAGCACAGCUUUCUUUAUCCAGCAGCGAUGGAGGAUAAAUUACGGUGGAAAUUCAAUGUUUUUUUGCUUCAAAUAGCGAAGGAAUUGACAGAAGGGGACCUUCAGCAAAUGAAAUUUGUCUUGAGGGGAUAUGUAACAUCUGCUAAAUGCGAAGAUAUGAAGGCUUUACAAUAUGUCGAGGAACUUCAAAAACUACUGCUUCUCACGCCAACAAAACUUGAGAUUUUUAAAGAAACACUCACUGUGAUUGGACGUCCAGAUCUUGUUGAGAAGAUUGAAGAAAAAGAAGCGACCUUUGCCACUCUUCCUGGCGAGAACUUGGAACAGAAAGGUUGGUAAUAUGGCACCAAGUUUGUGGUUCUUCAUGAUCCAUGAGAUCCUCUAGCACUGUGCGUUUCACUUGUCAUUCUUACCCUCCCCCCCCGCUCCCGCCCGUACCAUGAAUUUCGAUCAGUCGUUUUCUUUUCUCGGUGGUGUCAUUUGAUUGUAUUCUUGGUUUGCAACCACAUGACAAGGCGGCCAUGUUGAGGAUCAAUACAAUAGAAUUUUGUCUCGAAGAAUUUACAUGAAAGUAGAGUUUAGUUCCCAAUUAAUAAAUCAAAUGGUCUAUAGUAAUAUUCUUAUUGAUAGUUUGAUUAUCGAUAUGACCUUUUAUUAUUCUAUUGAUCACUAUUAAUAAUUAGUCAAUGAAAAUUUGGAUUUCCAUCACAAAAUCGGAUUUAACAGGUUGUGUUUUUGUUGUUGUUGUUAAGAUGUUCCCACAUGAACCCUCAACCAGAUGUAACAACGUCUGUGGUACCACGACCCAGUCCUGUCAGUUGUGACAUUGUCAAUUUUUUGCUUAACUCGGACAGGGAGAGUGGUCAUACCAACCAUGCUCAAAUGUGUGUGACUGGGACAAACUGAUCAGAGGAAAACACAGAAAAUCUUUCGAUGUUGACCAGUGAAUUUCGAGGAAAAUUUUGCUUCCCUACGUGCCUGUACUUCCGUUAAAAUUUUAUCAAGAUCCUUAGGGUUGUCUGAACAAAUAAGUAUUCAUUUUUGUUAUUGGGGUGGUUUGGUUUUUUAACCCCCCUCCACCCCCUAUUCCUAGAAAUAAUUUUGCUGGGGUCCCUAACAAUUUGCGGGUGGCAAGAGAGAGAAGGUGUUACUAUAGUAACAUGCACAAAUGAUCCAUUGUUUGUGAAUUUCAGAGUAUGAUGCAGUUUGUGAUGGCAUCGAAAAAGCAGCAGCCGCCGGAAAGUUCAAGAGUUUACCACGAGCUGACCUAAGUGCUUCUAAAUGUAAGGGCUGAUUAGUGAUUUCUAACUUUUAAAAAAGUGGAAGACUGGGUAUGACUGGGUAUGCCACGGGUAGCCAAUCAAACACAGAUUUCAGCCAUUGAAGCAUACAUAAACCCUUUUUGCAGGAAUUCCUCCCAUUUUUUCGCUUUUAUAUUACUAUAUCUCUUUUAUAAGAUUAUUGUUAUCCAAUUCAAAGAGCAUAUAAUAAUAUUAUUUCUACUCUACCUCGGGCUUCUCAUUUCAUUCUAGCUAAACAAAAUAAUUUAAGUAAUGUAAAAUGUAGAAAAUUAGUAAAAAAUGAAUUAAUGAAUUAAUAAAUAAAUAUGUUUGAUCCAUAGAUCGACCAAAAAAGAUCAGUCUUUCAAAGUCCCAGUUAUACUCGGAUGGAUCACUGCAAGAGGGGUCCAAGCUUGCACCAGACCACAAACUUGCAGGGUUGGCAACAGGUGGUGAAACUGGUCAAGUUGACAUGGCAAAUGGAGGAGACUUGCCUGAUGCUUUGAGUCCAGGUGCAGGGCUGAGCAGUGUCAAGGAUCUAGAAAUCAACAAACCUGCUUCCGGUGAGUCCUGUGAAAGUACAGUUAUGGAUGGCACUUGUUUGGAAAAGUCUCCGCUUAGACCCAAUAUGACCGGUUUUGGCACCGGAGUGGCAAGUUCGACAACCUCAACCAGUAGGGAACCAGGUGAUGAUGAUGAUGAUGAUGAUGAUGAUUGUGUUACUGAUGGCGAUCCAAACAAGGAAGGAGAAUCCAAAGAGGUGACAGCUGGUCAUGAGGGAUUAAACACCAGCACUGCUGCAUCUGGUUAGUAAAAUAUGUAUGUGCUUGAUCCUUGAACCCUCAAUAAAUCCACAUACAUUAAUCCUCCAGACAGAUUGCCAUACAUUUCCUUAAAGAAUUUCUUGAGAGAAUUAUAUGCAAGAUAAAGGAAUUUUUUUCGGUUAAGACCCUGUUCAAUUCGUACAAUGACAAAAAAUAGUGUUUGGCAUUUGCACAAAAUUUGUCAUCACCAAUUUUUCAUUUUUGCAACCUUGUUCGCAUCUGAGACAUGCAAAUAAGUAGAAAUGUCAAGCAAAGGUACUUUAAUAAUUGGUCAUGUUUUACAAACUGAUAUGACCCGACGAAAAACCCCAUACUAAUGUGGGAACUCAAUGAAUUUUAUAGAUGGAAUUACGUAUACGAUAUAAAAGUAAAAAUAUUAAAACUACUCAUAAUGUGUUACAAUCUAAUGAGAAUCUAAAAUGAGUGAUAUUCGAAAUAAGACUAAGGAGAACUGUAAAAUUAAAUGAUUAUGAUGAGCAGAGAGAACAGCUCUUACAUCCAUCAUCUAUCAUUGAGCUUACAUCAUUUUUACGAACUCUGCUUUAAAAAAUGUUUAAAGUUUUCACUGAUGUUAAUUCAGGAGGUACUGAAUUUUUGCCGUAACCUAAGCCCAAGAUACUUUAAAGAGUGUUUACCAAAUGUUACAGUAUUAUAUCUAGUAUUAUAUAGUAUUAGUACAGUAUUAUAUCUUGUAUUAUAUCUCUAUAUUUUGAAAUGUUCAUUUGACGUUUCUGUUUGGUAAUUUCAAUGGUAACAUCAGAGAAUUAUUGUCCGUAAAGCGAGGUUGAAAUAUAUGAGAGUUUGUGACUCAGAAAACAAAAAAGUGUUUGUUGUUGGUAUUAACUGGUGUCUGUAGUACGCGGGUUAAUUCUAGAGAAAAGGUAUGAAGUUUGCUUUGGGACAAGCGAAACUGUCUGUUAUAAAUGGAUGUCCAUAGAGCGGGGCUCCACUGUAGUUGUUCAGUUAGAAACCUGAAAAGAGGAGUAACAAGCUUAUUAUUAAUACCUUUCUGAUUUUGUCAUUGUAAACCUGUAAUUCAGCCCCAUACAAUUAUGUAUUUUUUUCCACCUUCAGGGGCUACUGUGUCAUCAAGUGCCAAGGAGCCAACAGAAGCUAUUUAUACAAGCAGUUCCUCCCCUAAAGGAGAGAUUGUUCUAGAUGAUGAAGGCCUUGCUGGGGAAACUUCCAUGAAAGACCCAUGCGAGAGUGAACCUUCCGAGGCAUCGAGUGCCAAGGAGCCAUCAGAAGAUGAUUAUACAAGUAGUGACCCUCCCAAGGGAACAAUCUCUCCAGAUGAUGAUAGCCCUGCUGGAGAUGUUCCCAUGGAAGAACCAGAGGAAAGUGAAACUUUGCCAAAGUCAACUCAGCAUAAAGCUGGUCAUGAUCCUUAUGGGGGAGCAAGACCAAAAGAAAAAAAGGGUUGCCAUGGUGUCUCUUUAGGAAAUACAAAUCAAAGUGGUAAGGAGCAGGUUGAACAAGGUUGACAUUCUUUCUCAUUGCUUUGGGUUUGUAUUAUGAUAUAAAGUAGGAAAUAAUACAAAUUAAUAAAAUAUGAAUGAAUGGUUCCAUAUGCCUGCCCAUUGACCUGAUCCAGGGUCACUUUAAAUUCUUAAGCAGCAUUAAGGUAAAAUGGAAUGAUUCAGAGGUUUUUCAGUGGGUUUGGGGUUCCAACCAAACAAACCCUUCUCAGAAAGAGUAAUGUAUAGGCAUUUUGGACACUGAGAAUGCAAAAUUUGAGUCUUUCUUGCUUCAUAUUUAUCCAACAGUCACAUUUGUGAGCUAGCUGUAAUCUUGAUUACCAUCUUCAAAAUCGUACACUUCCCCCCUCAAACUUUGUAUACUGUUUUUUUAUAUAUUGAUGACUGUGACUUGGACUGUGCUGAUGAUGCAUUUUGUUCUACUGAUGAUGCGCUUUUUAUAAAGCAUAUUAAUAUUUCUCUUCUCAGAGCUGCAAAUUAUCAAUCAUCAGACAAUGUCUGACCAAACUUGCCAAAGUUAUUGUACCAGUGGUCAGACAUGAUGAUUAGAUGGAUCAACAAGAGACUCUCAUUUUGUACCUGAAGAUUUGCAUCAUAAUUUAAAAACAAAAUUCAAAGUCAAGAUGAUAAUGUCCAACACCUUUUUUCUUUUAACUUUGUCCAACUAAAACAAUGACCUGGUUAGGCAUAAAAUGUCAUUUUUUCGUAAAAGAAAAAUUAUUUGUAGGCCUGUCUCUCGAUUUGUUUAAGUUCCAUCAACAGCACCCCAUGGUUUCUUGAUUCCAGAGAAAGAAUCUAGCAAGGUGCCAAUUGAAGAUGAGUGCGCCUCUCCUACUGCACCACACCCCAGUGAUCCCAUGAAAGAUGCUGAGGGAACUGAACCUUCACAGAAAAAAGCCAAGUCCUCCCAGUUUGUACCAGGGCCUGGUGCCAGUUCUAAAAGCCAACAUGGACUUGGUGUGUUCCAAGGUGACUCAAGUGGAGGUGCAUGUGGCUAUGCAAAUCCAUCUGGCUCAGAUCAAGGCUUGCCACCUGGACCUCACUUGAGUGGAGCUGCAAUGCCUUCAGUUGCCCCGCCCAUAUCUAGUGGCAGUGCUGGUGCAACAUUAGGUCCACCCUAUGGUUUCAACCCAGAUCCAUUUGGAUCCCCCUUCCCAAGUGGAGGUGCAAUGCAUUCAGGUGCCCCGCCCAUGUCUAGUGGCAGUGCUGGUCCAACACCAGUUGCAGCCUAUCAGAAGGCUGGCUAUACAGUGGCAAUCAGCAAUGGUUCUCUCUGCUACAGUGGUGAAGAUAAGGGCAUGGUCAUGAUGAAAAGUGGGACACCGUUUGUUAUUCUAAUAGCCAAUGGCAAUAGUCAUGGUAAGUAGUAAAGAGCAAAUUGUUUUAAAACUGUCUGAGGAAACAGCUACAUUGUGUAUAAGCAGAAACUAUGUAGGUAUUUGCAUUCUUAAAAUAAUUUUAUUCAAAAUACCUGCCACUGAUAGCUAUAAUUAGUGCAGUCAUUAAAAUUCAAUAAAACAUUAUUAGACUUAACUGUUUAUUUCCUAAACAUAGUGAAAUUACAAUAAUGGUAAUGAGUCACAAGAUGGUGGUACAUGUACUAAACAAUCUGGAUACCUCUUACAGAUGGGCAUAAGUAGUCUAAUGGAGAUCCUUUGUUGAGUAUUCUUGAAGUAUUGGAUGAAAUGUCAUAACACUGCUGAAUUCAAAAUAAUCAUUCCUUCUGUUUGUGAGUUUCUGCAAGUCUCUUUAGGUUUUAUUUGAAAUAGAGCAUGUCGGAAUUUCCAGGUUUUGCAUCUUUGUGAUAUUGAGAUAACAGCAGCAAAACCUACCACUUUCAUAAAAUUACAAUUUUUGUAAUGUGUGGGUUUUGUUGUAAGAAUGUGUCUAUGCUAUUGUUUGUUACUGCCGUGUUAGAAGUAAGUUCCCCCUUUUUUGUCUCUUUCUUCCUAAAACCCUUUAUGUCAUAUUUUGAUGAAUUCCAUACCAAAAAUGCACAGUCCUCUUGCAGAAGUAAUAUAUUAGUACUAUCAAUAUUGUUUUAUUUCUAGCUGCUGAAGUAGACAUAACAUUUGGAGGAAUUUAUCUUGGGGUGUGGAUAGCAGAAGCCAACAGCCAGUUAACGUCCAACCACCUGAUUAUAGAAGGUUCAUCUUGGGCACCUGGCAGGCUGACAUACUUCAGCAAGGGGGAUGCCGAGAGACAAAAAGUCAAUGCUGAGUUUUUUGGGCAAGAGCCAGAACUGAAUGGACAGAUUGUCCUGGAGUUUAAGCCAGAAGUGUUGAUGCUUAAACUUGUUGUCAAGCAUCUUUGGAAAACGGGAACACAAAAGGAGAUAUCCAUGCCUGACUUUCAGACGGCAACUAUUGGUGAAUUAAAAGAAAGGAUUAAACAGAAGUAUAAGCCUGAUGUAUCAUGUUUAGUGAUGGGUGGAAAAAUUCUUAACGAAGACAAAACCAUGAGGUGAGUCUAACACAUUGGCAUGUGUUAGAGAACCAGGGGGGACUCCCACAUGAAAAUGACAUGGAUGUUCCUUGUCUCGCCAUUUUUUAUUUUAUUUUAUUUUUUUUCAAUGUUAUUUAUUUUACCACAAAAUACAAAUGGCAAGAAUACAAGAUUAUCACAGGAGAAAAUGAUUGUGGUGAGAAAACCCAAAAAGAAACCCUAAGUCUUAUAAACAUUGGGCUCCGUCAGAAUGUAUAGGUAUACGUUACAAUAACGGGUAUAGAAAUUGCAAAUUUGGUCUCCUUAAGGUAAGGGUGUCCAAGAUGGAAAAUCAAUAUUAUUGUUUUGAAUCAUAAACAAACGUGUCACAUUUGCAGGGUUUUAUAUUUAAUCUUACAAAAUGUGGACUUUCUCUAAAGGUUUAUGUAUUCUAAUAUCUUUUUGCAGCUGUAAUGCUGUCAUAUUUUUUUGAGACAGCAAUGUGCAGCGGAGGUAAAUUUGUUUGACUGGAAUGAUUUGCCCGUGGGCAAAUUUGACUGCAAAUUUUUGAAAAAGUCAAAUUGGUCUUACAUUGAUAGGUGCAUUAUGCUUAAAGAAAUAUCUUUUAAAAUGCUGUCAUUUUUUUUUGAGUAUUAAUUGCAAAGAUUGGUCUCAUUAUUAAGGGGUUUCUAAUUUUCUCACGAGCAUCUCUUCCAUAAUUAUGAGAGUCCUCCCAGGGUAAGACAGAAUUUCUUUAACCAACUGAUUUGCAGAUAAUUAUAGGUAGGUAUAGUGUUUAUAGAAGCAGUGCAAAGUGUUGUCUUGAUCAGGUAGAUUUGGUAUUUUUGUGUCUUAAUUGUACAAUACUUGUACAGUUUUUCUCCUGCCCUGUAGAGUGUGCUUUUGUUAUUUACCUUUCCAAACACACCUCUGCGAACUAACAUAGGGAAUGAAGAUUUUCAAAGGGCGAGGGCCAAACAGAGACAGGGGAGAGCAAACACAUUGCCAAAGGAGGGGUGGGUGGGGAAAAAAGUUCUUACCGCAUCAUAAUUCCCAGUCACCUGGCAAAAGACACUAAAACGAUCAUAAUUGGUCACUGUAGACACUGAUGACAUGGAAUCUUAUUUUCUGAGGUGUUUUAGAGAUACCAGAUUUUCUGCAUUUUAUGCUUGCUAAAUUUGUAGAAUAAUGAUUGGAGAAUGAAAAUUAUGUCUUUGUUCCCACAGUUCCCAAGCAAUGGAAAACGACAACGAGGUAAUUGAGGUCCUUUACACAAAAGAGGAGCUGAUGAUUGAAUCUAAAGGCCGAGAUCCCAUUCCAAUGACUGUGGACCCUUUCAAUCUUUCAGUUACGGAUGUGAAAGAUUUCAUUGAACAGAAAUUGAAUAUUCCAGUGUCAGAGCAGUACCUUCGUUUCAAUGGGCAAAAUGUGGAGGAAAUCGAUUUACUUAACGAAUUGUUUUUAAAGUCGAAAGAGUCACCAAAAAUUAAACUGGACAAGGACAGAGAGAUUGAGAUCAAUGUUUCUUCAAGUUCCCGUGAAGGCCCCCAAAAAAUUACCAUAAAAUGGUUUGCAACAGUGGAUGAGCUCAGGAAAAAGCUGAUAGAGCAAGGCGUCUGUGAAACCAUCAACACUUUACAGGUGGAUGGUGUUGAUAUUUCAAGUGAGGACAAAACAAAAACGUUGAUUGAUCUUAACUUCAAGCCAAAAUCAGCAUUAACAGUGCAUUCAGCGACUACCCCAAAGCGCGGCACUCUCAGGGGAUUCUCUGCUAAUGAUUUUGGGUAAGAUUAACUUUUUCACUAUUAGUUUGCCUUUGUAAUAACCAGUGUAGGCAUUUGUAAAAAGGGCACAUGAUUGCUUUACAAAAGGGUCCUCCCACACAGUAACUUUAUCCAAGAGUCGUAGUACAGUUCUUGCUUGUAGACUGCUGGUUGUAGUGUAGGGGGGUGGAGGGGCACACCGUGUCACACCCAGGGUACUUUCUAGAUUGUUAAGUUUACAUCCAUGCUGUGUUUUACUAAAAGUGAAAUGAGCAGUGAGCAUUGGGGAGCGACAAGCUUACAGAAAGGUGCAUAAUAUUGAGUCGCACGAUGAAGGACUGAAUAUGUUGUCUAUGUGGACCAUAUUUUGGCCUAUGACAAAAACACCUUGAUACGAAAAUUUGGUUUAUCAGCAUUCCUGCAGAGAAAAGAGAAGGCACACCUUUCACAAUAGGGGAGGGGUUCUCUGACAAACUUAUCCCCCCCCCCCGCACUAGCUACGCCCCUGUAGGCGCAAAACAAGAAGUCACAUUUGCAAGAAUACUUAAAUAUACUAUUAAUAUAGUAAAUUGUCUUCAAGACAGUCAUCAAAAUCACGUGAGUGUCCGCGUUACAGAAGUGUCUGUAUUUUGGUAAAAACUAACUAGCAUAUUAUCACAAAUUUUGCAACUGAUUGGCCAACGUACUCUCGAGUUAGGGGCCGACGAUUUGACUUUUGACGGGGGAUAUGGGUAAUUUGGUUUGGGUAAAAUUUUUUUCUCCAACCCUCUGGAGAAAGACGUGACAUACCACGGUGUAAGAUUUUUUUUCAGCAUUAUUAGCCAUGAAAUAUAUUUUUUUCAGUGUAGGAAUUUCUUUCCUUGCAAGAAUUUUUUUCCCUUGUAGUCAGUCUGCAGGAUAUUUUUUUCCAAAAUCACCCAUACUCCCCUCAAACGUCAAAUGGUCAGCCCAUUAUGGAUAUGACCUAAGGUAUAACCUCAGAAAGCAGAAGUAAAGUGGUCACUUUUGCAGUGUACCUGUAAAGUUUUAUUAUCUAUUUUCUUUCCCCCCCCACAAAGGUCCCGUACAAGAGGAUUUGGCUUUGGGCAUACAAGAGGAUUAGGUUCCGAACAAAGUUCCAGUUUAAAGUCACGAUAUCGCGGGAAUGGUGAUCUUCCAGGUAUUAAACAUUUAUCCAUUACCAAAAGACUCACAGUUGUUUGAACACCACAAUGAUUUCCUUCUUUGUCGAACGCUUUGAGAUGCAGUGGAAGCUCUGUAAACGGACACUCUCGUAGGCGGACAGCUUUACCUACGGCCGCCUUCACAAAAUCCUGCUUUUCUCAACUCCCAAUCAAACUCUGUAGUUUUGUGAUCCCGUAAGCGGCCAGAUCCAGUUACGAGCACCUUUCUCGCGUCCCAAGGGUGUCCGCUCACGAGAGUUUCCCCUUAUAUAUACCUGAGAAGAGAAUUUGCGUUAAAACUGGCUUGGUGAUUUACGGUUAAGUAUGUGUUCAAGAUUUAUAGAAGAAACCGACUUGCGUAUUCGCAAAAAAUUCUGCAAAAGCCAAAAAGAUAACAGUUUAUUUAUAGAGAAUCACUUUUUUUGUUCAUAGGAUCAAGCACGUUACGCGCUGGAGCUGAUGGGAUACAACACGAUAGUGCAGCGGUUCGCACCAGGGUAAAAUCGACAUAUUUAUUCCAUUUAGCAUUUGGUUCCUCCUCCGACUCGUAAUGGUUCUUUGUAAAACUGCAUAAUUUUAAGCAAACAUUGAGUUGCGUUAUUUAUAUCUACAUGAAAUCUUCAAGAGUGAAUCUUUGAGUUAAAGCUUGAAGUUUUGUAUUGAAUUGUUUCAGUCUGAAAUCGCUGAUUAUGGGCCAUAAUUUAUGGCAGUUCCGAUGCUUUACUUUAUUGGUACUUGAGGGAUUUUCAAUUUAGUUUUGACUGACAGUUUUUCACUCUGUUUUCUCUUACAUCGUUACGCCUUCUGAUUAGGUAAACAAUCUCACCCCACUUUGUCAGCCAGUAAAAACUGAAAACAUUACUUUCCCGGCCGCUGCAUUGCCUUUUUCCCGCGCUUAGCUGGCUACGUUGUAACACCAUGUUACUGGUUAAAACAAACUUGCCCCACUUUGUUAGCCAAUCAAAACUGAAACCAAUGCUAGCUCGCACACUUUUUUUUUAGCUUAACUGCAGCUGCAUUGUUACACUAUGUGAUUGGCUAAAACAAUCUCACCCCACUUUGUCAGCCAAUCAAAACUAAAACCAAUAUUUGUUCGCACACCACUUUUUCCCCGCGCUUGAACCUGGCUGCGUUGUUACGCGAUGUGAAUGGCAAAAACAAUUUCGCUUUACUUUAUCAGUUCCCUUAUUUUUGUUACUGGCAUUAAUUGGAAGAAAAACAUAUGCUUGCUUUUAUUGUUCACCUUUUUGGCCCUAGCUAUGUUGGAUUAAUAGCUCUGAGCUCUGAUUUUGAUUCACUGAAUUGCUUGCCUGCUGUGCUGUGGCUGUCCAUUUGAUAUCAAGACCCAUGACUGAGAUGCCUUUCCAUUUUUUUUUUUCCAUUCUUUUUACUAGCCUUUGCAAAAUCGUGAGUUUACGCACUCUGGGUGUAAGUUAAGCGCAGAUUCAGUAUCGGAGUUGGGGUCUACAAUCUUAUGUUUCGUUUUUCUGCCUUUACAUUUUAGUUGAACGCCUUGGCCCCGAACUCCAGUCGUUGUUUUACCGACACACUCGCACUCUAUAUUUUUGUGGUAAAUUUUCACGCGUAAACAGGGUUUUCCAUAUGCUUAUAAUUUCCUUAUUUCCUUAUGUUCUUUAUGUUUUCAAGAACCAGCACUUUGGUUGGCGUUGCACUUCUGACCCAGCCUUGUAUUAUGAUUAUUAAGUGAUGGCGAAUCUCGUUUUUUCCCUAUCCACUUUAGGAGGGCGUAGUCAUGCUCCAUGGCAAUGAAGAGAAUGUGCACAAAAAUUUUCGAGUAGACAGGGAGGAGUGGAAAUUUUCAAAGGAAAAAGCAGUUAUUCUCACGAUUCAACUCAUAGACCAAAGGUACUUUAAACUCGCAACACCCGCCAAGAUCAUUCUGUAUAUCAAUAAAAAUACUAGCACCUCUUUCUGUACUUAUAUUAGAGACCUUUAGAUUCAAGGACGAGAACGACUACGAGUGCGAGAUUUGACUUCAAGUUUUUUCGCGUAUUCUCAAAAUAUAGACUCCCCGGAAAGCUUCAUUUUACCAUUUUUCACUAGAAAAGUUGGCACUGUUACCUUUAGUGAAGGAGGUUGCACCCUAUCCUGAUGGCAAAAUGAUAAAACUUCUAACAUUUGAUAACUUGUUUCCGCAACUUCGACAUUCUCGCUAAAACUCGUAGUAGAAUGACGACGGCUACCACGGUUUCCCGCCAAAAUGACGCUGGUUCACGCGCAAGCACUACUUAGUAUUGAGAAAAUCUCGUACUCGUAGUCGUACUCGUCUUAGAAUCUAAAGGUCUCUAAUUGCACGCAUCUACAACGUCACAGGCACAGAUCACAUGCAGUUGUUCACUUUGAUUCUAAAGGCGGAACAAUAACGAAAGCUCUUGGGUAGUGCUUUCCGAUAGUCUUUUUAUAAUAUUACGGGUUGUUUCUUUUGAGACGUUGGGCGGAGCGAAGUCCUAUCAAAUGCAUUGACUUUCCCCUCCCUCCCAUGGGGCUAGGGGAUGGGAUGCGGAUUGUAUGUUGCUUCUGGCGUGUCGUGUUGUGUACUGAUAAAUAACAAAUCUCAUUUCAUUUCAUUUAACAUUGCCCUUAUCUAAUCUUCAUCUGUCCACCAUGCUUGGAAUGCUAUUGUACGCUGAGCGCGAUUAAAGUGAAAAAAGUAAAUAAGAACAUAUACAAAGAAAUCCGGCCAUCAUAUUCAUUGUCAGCAUUUUUAUUCACCCCUUUACAUGUCAUAGUACCGCUGAGACGUUCUUACGGCUUCAUCACGUGCUCCCAAGAACGUCUGCGUGGGAGGCUAUUACACCAUUGCUUUCUGUAAACUGACUCCUUGUUUUCUUUUAUUGCAGCACCGGAGGAGUUUCGGGUCCUUCGCCAUCCUAUAUGCCUACAGGAAUUCAUGGCCCAGGAGAUCCAAGAAAUCCAAUGUCAACUCUCGUCCCACCCCCCGUACCAGAAUAAGAAUUUGAGUCCUUAGGAGCGGACCAUUUAACUUUUGAGGUGGGCGGGGAAAUGGGGGAUUUCAAAAUGAAGUCUGCGUUGUAACAAAAAUUAGGAAAACUUGAUGUAGAUGUAGCUGUAUUGUUGUAAAACAAUUGCAGUCAUUCUUAUCGCGGUUGCACUAGCAAACAGAGAGUGAAACUGUUUUUGUUCAAACCAGUUAGGUCUUGUUACUAGUUAAGUACACGUAGGAAAGGAAGGAAAAUCCUGUGCUUUUGUUCAGCUUAGACAUACAGCAUGGUUUCACUCCUAUUUUAGCCAGAACGUCUGCGUGGGAGGGCACUCCUGUCACUGCUGGCCAAAAUGAAAGUGCACAAAAAUUCCCGAAUUCUGUUUUGUAAACCCCCGCAAAGUAAAUACCGUAAAAUUCUGAAAAUAAGCCCCGGGGCUUAAGUUUUUCAAAGGCCCUUUUUGAGGGGCUCUUUUUUGGAGGGGCUUAUAUUCGGAAGGGCUUAUCUAUGGAGUGAAAUUUGCGUUUCAAACUCGAUUGGGCUAGGCCUAUAGUUGGAAGGACAUUUACCGUUUUUGCUUUGUUUUGCUUUGUAUUCAAGCACAAGCCCCAGGGGGGCUUAUAUUUAGAGGACUGAUUUAACGAAGGGUUUUUUUGCGUUACGAGUUCGGGGGGCUUUUAUUUGGAGGGGCUUAUUUUCUCAAUUUUACGGUAGCUAUAUAGCUAGCCGUAAGUUUUCACCUGACAGAAGGUACAAAGGCGUGUCACUGGUGCGUGGUCGGAUUGCGUUCUAUACAGUUGACGACGGGAAAGCGUGCAGCAAGGACUAAACGUGACUUUCGGUUCGUUCUAUCAUUGGUCAAACCAGUUGUUUGAUUUGCGCCCGCCGUCGUUAACUGAAGUUCCCGUUCUGUUGCUAAAUCAGCCUAUUUUUACAUGCCGCACAUGCGUAAUAACAACCUGCAGAUUAGGAUUGCGGGAUCCUUAAAUCGUUGUCAAAAAAUAUGUUGGUUUACUAUGGUUAUGAUCUCUUUCUGUGUUUAUAUCAAAUAUUGUUCAUUUACUGAUCAUGACUCAAUAGUUUAUACAUUGUAACUUAUAUUCCGCUUGAUACUAAACAGCAGAGAGCAACGUCUAAGAGCUUUGGCAACACUGAGUAAACGUUUUAUGCUAUUGCUACCCUAAGUGAGAGAGGUGUUAUUAAAAAUUACUUUGGAAAUGGUAUGUAACUCUACGAUAAAUUUUCCUAGUUGUCGGUAAAUUGUAGCGAAAACUAGUAAAACUAGAAAUUCUUGAAUUAAAUGUAGUAUAAAAGUGUUUUAUUUUGGUAAUGAUGAAUUGUUGUAAUUUUUUUAAUUGUAACCCUUGCAAAACAACUUGUUUGUUGUUUUUGUUGUGUAUUGUGAAAUAUUCACAGUAUCGAUUUUUUGUUGUCGUUGUUGUUGUCUAUUGUGCAAUGUUCACAGUAUCGAAAUCUAAGUUAAGAAAGGAAAUGCUUUCCUUCGAAAAUUGUGCCGUCCCCCUUGGGCUUAGAGACACCUGAAGAUCACUGUUUCCGUUUACUGGUACUGGUAAAUUACCAAUACUUGUAGCCUUAAAUACAGGUAGAUUAAUUACUUCUUACUCCAGAGACGCGGUAGGCUAUUGGGCAGAACGGUCCUUUAUCACAUCUGGGUAAUCAUUGUUGCCUUUUAUACAACUGCCAAGCAAAGAUGUUCACCUAUCAAAAACCCCCCUAGGCAGAAACAGUGUUAAUGCUUAGGUUAUCAGUGAGAAAAUAAAAUUGACUUGAGAGGGGGAUUAAUGAUGAAGUUAUCCGUAGGAAAGAAGCCUCAGUAGCAGACACUCGAAACUACGUUUGUUUUACGAUGGUUUAGACGAUCUCAAAAACGCGCUCGGACCACGUGACCCGAAACGCACCAGCCGCGCUGAAAAGGGGGGCCUAGGGCCGCCUGCAAUGCGGUUUAUGGGAUCGAUCGGAAGGUUGGAUUUUAAUGGCAGUCAAGUUGUCCGGUCCCUAACACACUCCCCCGAAGCAUGAUUCAGAAGUUACGCUUUCCAUAACUACACCAUACAUAUUUCUUGGACACCAGAGAUGCCUCAGCCUUGUCCCCAGGGCUUUUGAGGAACGGGCUUCUCCUAAAAGGGUACAGCUCUGGGACGAGGUUCGAGGUGCCUCAUAUUUCCUAUCUUAUUCUCCACAGACCACAGAAAGGGGCAGGAAAGAUUAAAGGGGAAAAGGAGAUCAUCACCAGAAUUCCACCCACUUUUCGUGUUAGUCCCGGAGGAUACUCCCCAUAAAUUACUUUGAGGGGGUGCCAUGCACAAGGGGUUUCCUUCUCAGCCCUCGGGGUGCAUAAAAGGGCAGUGAUUUCACAACCUGAGGGGAAAAAACGGAAAGGUCAAAGGACAUCUCCCAUCUGCCAUCUAGGUUCUUCCAUGAAUUGGUUUUUCGAAGUUCUAUUUAAGGGGGUUUAUCAUAAGCAAAGUGGGAGCAACAAUAAACGCGUUUCUGUGAGUACAUGAUAGGGGUUCGAUUUCCCGUGGAAGGUAUAAAGACACCUACCUUUAUGGUAAAUAGUCUGAACCUCCGUGGACUCUGUACGGAGUUUGAGAUGCCUCUUCCUCCCCCCGCCUCCCCCUCCCUCCUUCAACACUGGCAUGUAAUCCCCCGGGCGUGUAAUCUCUUACUACUUUCUCUAACAUUCAAAAUGGCCUUUGAACAACAAAAGAAAGACAUUUCUUUUCUUUUUCACGCCUAUGUAAACAACUCCAUUUUCGUCCCCAGAGCCCGUAGUUUCCUGGUCAUAAAUUUCCCAUAAAUAGUUUUCAGGAGAAGCAGUGUGGACACCUUGUUAUCCCGUAUAUAGAGUAUCUCGCUUUGUUAACAAAUCCGCUGAAUUGUAUAAUGUGCCUGCGAGCAAAUUUGCAGCAAGUGCAACGGAAGGUCACCGAAGGGGACGGCUAGUUUAAUUGUCACAAUUCUAUCGUAUUAAAUGGAAAGACAAGCGGUAAGUUCAUAUUAACUCAUAGUACUUUUUAAAAGUGAAAAUACUCCACUACUUAAAGAAAAAAGCGAGAAAACCGAGCUACUUCUGAACAGUGAAGUCGCACAGCGACACGCGGCAGUUUGUGGUGUGGUGUUUACAUCCGGUCGCUUUUAUUUAUAACGCAACUUAACGUACGAGCCAUAAAGAGUAUAGAAAUAUAAGGAGAGUAAGAUGUCGUUUGUAAUAUUGACUGAGACCUCGGGAUACAGAGGACUAGAAAUUCUAAUGCAAGACUUAAACUUCUUCGUCGUGAGCUGUGUUGAUAUUGGUGGUGCAUACAUGCCCCAAAUAUCUAGUGCAGCAAAUAUAGCAAUCGUUCAUUAAGGAAGCCUAAAAUGCGGAUAAUUCCUCAGAUGGCAGGGAAGUUAAGAACUGAUCGGAACAGAUUUAUCACAGACCGGACAAAAUCAUCAGAUUAGAUCACGGACUUCAAAAGUGAAAAUUUUUAUAGUUAAAAAAACAUUGAAUCCUGAAAACUUUGAAACAAAUCAAUAAUGAUAGUUAUUAUACAUUGUAGUCAUUGUAGUCUGUCUUCUCAUUGGCUAAAAGCCUACAGUUAAUUCUGGGAAACAGCGCAACGUACAGAUUAGUGAAUAAUCUGUAGGUUGUGCGUGCAAUGCAUGAUUUCCUUUAUAAAGACGGUGAAAAUUUGUUUAUCACUCAGUUGUACAUUUUUAAGUGUUUGAAAAUAAACUGUGAUCGCUGCGAUAAUGCGUUUGUCGUUAUUUUCUUCAAAACAAUGUAUAAUAAAACAAUUUUUAGAUUCGGUUUUUGUGAUAUCCGGAAUGUUAUCAGCCUCAGCCUUCGGCUUCAGCUGAUAACACUUACCUCGACCUUGAUUAUUCAGGAUAUCACAAAAACCUCAUCCAAUAAUUGUUUAUUAUCUGCUAGCUGAUAACUGACUAAUCUGUAGGUUGCGCUUGCAAAAUGCAUGAUUUCUAAUAACAAUAUCCAUUCAGGUUCCUUGCUAUGGUAUGUUUAUCAUUAUUUUCUUCAAAACAAUGUAUAGUAAAACAGUUAUUAGAUUCGGUUUUGUGACACCCUAAAUAAUCAAGGUCUCAGUAAGUGCCAUCAGCCUCGGCCUUCGAUUUGGCUGAUACACUUACCUUGACCUUGAUUAUUCUGGACAUCACAAAAACCUCAUCCAAUAAUUGUUUAAAAUAAUAAUAAUAAAUUAAUAAUAAUAAUAAUCAAUUCCAAGCAUCUCCAUCCCCUCAGAGCAUUUGUCAUUUUUUUUUCUUCUGUUUUUCUUCUUUAUUUUUAAGUUUUUUUGGGUUUCAUGUUGUUUAGUUAUAUGAUACCCCACAAGGAAGCGAAUUCCUUAACACUGAUUACUCUUUGUCCCCAUCAAAACGCCUCUAAGGACUGGAACAGCUUAGACAAUGACAUUAAAAACAGCAAAACAUUGUCCUUCUUUAAGGCAAAGCUUAAAACUUUGUAAAUAAUGCCCUAUCUAAUUGUUAAACUAUAUUUAUAUGUUAUUUUACGUCAAUUUUUAUCUCUUUUCGUAGUUUUUAAUUUUUAAAGUAGGUGAAUUUGUCGUUGUUGUUGUUGUCAUUUUGUCAUUUCUGAUUUGCAGGGCCCCACUGAAAACCACUAAGGCAAGUGGGCUCCCUGGAUAAAUAUUAUUAUUAUUAUAAGAUAAUUAUUAUUAUCAUAACCUCAUCCUUGUGGUCCUUUGCAGAGUUCCCUACUUGUCCCAGGUCCCUGUUUAGGGGAUGACAAAUGACAGGUGCAUAAAUCUGACAAUGAAAAUAUUACAUGUGGCAUAUGCAAUGUCGUUUUCUGCGUUCACUUUUAUUUUUACUUUAUGCAAAUGUUUUCUUAAAUUGUACUGGUAAGCUUUCAGUGCUGAGUUUUACUGAUGAUACUGUAACGUUUCUAAAAGACUUGCCUAGCCUUGCCCGAGGACUUCAGGGUGAUAAUCACGGGCAGUUCGUUGAGAGAGUGUAGACAGCCUUUUUUGCAGUGUAGAGACGUUGUAGUUGUUAUGGAAUCCUGCCCCCCCCCCUGCUUCCCUUGGCUGAUCCCUAUUACAAACUCCUGGGAAUUCAUGAAUUAGGCAAUAUAAUUAUAUAUAAAUUCCAAUAUUCUGUCUUACAUGUAAGUUGUUUUGUUCAGCUGAAUAAAGUUUAGUUUUGUGCUGCCAGCAGCACUUUAAAGAGUGAAUGGCAAUAGAGAGGGGAAAUGUUACAUCUCGUAACCAUAGUAGCAAAAGUUAUGGAUCUACCAGUAAACAAUCUUUUUUGACAGAAACUGCUAUAUGCGUGGUCGAACAAUGGAAGAAAAGUAUGGGCUGCAGUUUGGUUCCUGAGUGCAGUCAUGCACAGCAAAGUCAUGCAUGUCCAUGUCUUUCGUUUUUAUCCGCCAUAUUUGCGGGACCAAAAAUUUGCUCCCAUGGCAACGUAACGGGACGACUUCUCCCUCUUAUGACACCUUUCGCCAUUUGCACAUCUCCCAUAAGGCAUCUUGUUUGCCCCCCAAAACUUUGCAUAACCUUUGUUUUUGAUUUCUCCUGAGUAUUACAGUGGUCCCAAGAGAAAUAAAAGGGAAUACUUACGCAAAAUUUCCGGGGGCAAACAAGGUGCACUAUUGGAGAUUUGCAAAUGGCCAAGUAAACAAUCCUGAUUAACGAGAUCAACGAGAACGUAACAAAAGCAAUAGUUUUAGCCAUUAAAACUACAACAAAGCACGUGCGUCACCCUUUUUGGUGUAUUCCUUUGAUUCCCACUGUACGGCUGCGACGCAAAACCUUUAGGAGGACGUUAACACCCGACGACGUUUUUUUUUUUUCAUUAUCGAGUUGGGUACGGUCGUUUGGAUUACAGCUGUACAAAAUUCGCUCACAUUUGGUAAAUUGAAUGAAGAUGAAUUAUCCCGAAAAAGCAAGACUGAAAAAGCUCGAAUUAUAUCUUAGUAAAGUCUUUACUGUCGUUGUCACCAUGGAUGCUUUCUUUAAAGGGGUGGACACCAUAAAAAAGAGUCAGCCGCGGCGAAUAACUCAUUUAUCCUGUUGUCUUGCAGCUUUCUCUUAAGAGUCUGUCUUUCAAUUAUUUGACCACACCUAACAAAGAAAGUGGUUUUAGCAGCUUACAAUCAGCUUGCAUCAAAGGAGAUGUCGAUACCGUCUUGGCGAUCUUAAAUCUCAGCCCAGAUAAACUUGACAGUGCCAUUGCUCUGAGUGUCAAGAUUGGUCCAAAUGCACCCCAUUUUCCAGGUAAAUCUAUUUUAACGGUGUUAAAACAUCAAGACACGGAAAAGCAUAAGGACAUCCUUGAAACAGUUUCAAAGGUUACAGAGCAUUUUCAAUCUCAAUCACUUCUACACCUGGCUGCCAAAAAGGGAAAUGUUGAACAUGUUCGCAGACUUCUUGAUGCUGGUGAACCUGUUGACGCCAUGUACUCAUGCUCAGAUCAACGAGAAGAUGAAAAGACUCCCUUAAUGUUUGCCGCGGAGUUUAAUGAGGUAGACGUUGUCGAAUUUCUUAUCCAAAGAGGUGCUUCACUUGAGGUGACGGAUCGUGGAAGCAUGACUCCUUUUCUCCAUGCUGUUAGUGGACGAAGAAUGCAAAAUGUGAAGCGCUUGGUUGAACUUGGAGCAAAUGUGCUAAAAAAGACGCGCCGUGGAAUGUCGGCAAUUCAUGUCGCUGCUGGACAGGGUAACAAAGACGCUGUGUUCUUUUUGCUGGAACGCGGUGCAAGUGCAGACCAGCAAGGUUUUUAUGGUCUCACUCCCCUUAUGUUGGCCGCAAGAAAAGGUUGCCUCGACACCGUCAAGCUAUUGCUUUCCAAAGGAGCAAAUUUAAAUGGCUGUACACAGGGUGGCGACACGCCAUUACUUUUUGCCGCUAAAGAAAAUCAUACAGAUUUAGUCAAAUUUCUUUUUAAGAAAAAAGCGAAUCUUUUUGCAAAAAAAUCAUAUGGAGAAACAGUACUUCAUUUGGCCACGCAACUGGAUCUGGUUAGUUUCCUUUGUGACCAAGGUGCUAAUAUUCAUGCGAAGGAUAGUUGGGGGAAAACGCCUCUUCACGCGGCCGCUGAGAAGGGACAAUCUGACACAGUUCGGUACCUUUUAGAGCGCGGAGCUGAUAUCAAUUCAAAUGAUGACAGGGGCCAUACAGCUUUGUAUUAUGCCAUCCUGGAAAACCAUGCUUCUGCUGCAAAAGUUCUGAUUGAGAGUGGUUGUGAAGUGAAGCUGACUUUCAAAGGGGGUCAUUUUGUCGAUGAGGGCGAGGUUCUGGAAACAGCUGCUCGUAAGGGGUUUUCUGGUAUUCUCAAACUUCUCCUGGACAAAGGUGUACCUGUGGAGGCCGUCAGUAGAGAUGGAACAACACCUCUGAUGGCAGCAGCCGAGGCUGGACAUUGUGAAGUGGUGAAUGUUCUCCUCGAUCAUGGAGCAAACAUCAAUGGUUUUCGUUUUCGAAACUUUAAAAACGAGAAACACGAGAUUGUAUAUGAUAAAGGACGAGACGGUGAAGGCAGUGACAACGAGAAAGAAGAACCUGAACUUGCCAACACCAAGACACCACUGUAUUGCGCCCUAGAAGCUGGAAGAGGUGAUGUAGCUAGACUUCUGAUUGAACGAGGGGCUGAUACCUCUGACCCUAGUGGAAACACCUCUUCGCUUUCCGAAUUGGCUGCCACGCGCGGCCUUUCAGAUGUUUUUCGCCUUCUUACCAAGGAGAAGAGUUUUGAUUUUAACAAAAUCAAAGAUGAUGGGGAGACCUUACUGACAUCAGCAGCUACUAGCGGAAAGUAUGAUUCAGUAAAAUUCCUACUUGACAAUGGUGCUGAAGUAAACGUAAAGAACGCUUCAGGGGACACAGCUCUUUCUUGUGCUGUUCAGUCCUGUGCGGUUCCAGAUUUGGAAAUUGUUAGACUUCUCCUCGCGCAUGGUGCCGCUGUCAACACUAGGAAUGACCGCUGUGAAACACCUCUUCUUAUCGCUGUAGAGAAGAAUGCUGACAAAGUUGCUAAUCUUCUUAUUGAGCAUGGAUGUGAAACGAACAGUAAAAACGUCGGUUAUUUCUCCGCUCUACACUUUGCUGCUCAAUACAACAAUGGAAAGCUCAUUGAGAAGCUGCUUCAGCAUAGUGCUGACCCUAGUUUAAAAACUGAUGAUGAAGGCAUGACUCCUUUGCACGUGGCUGCAAAAUCAGGGAGUGUCCUCGCAGCCGACGUAUUGCUAGAACACGGUGCUGAUUUAGAUAGCACAACUCACUUGGGGGAAACUCCCCUUCUGUUAGCAGCCCAAGAGAAAAAAUUUGCUAUGGUUUACUUCUUAGCAGAGAAAGGAAGUAAUGUUGAUGUAAAAAGCAGUUUUGGAAAGACAGUUCUUAUGAAUGUCGCCAUAGGUUAUAGAGAUGUAAAAACGUUUUCACUGGCUAAAACGUUGUUGGAGCUUGGCAGCUCUGUAAAUGCAACUGACGAGUUUGGACGGUCUGUUCUGCAUUAUAUGUCUUGCGGUGGCAAUUCAGAGAGGGAAUUCUACAACCUCCUUCUGAGUCAUGGGGGAAAUGUUAAUCUUCCAGAUAGAAACAUGGAGACGCCUUUGCACUUUGCAGCAUCUGAUGGAAACACUGCUUUAAUAGAAUGGCUCCUUGAGCAGGGCGCAGACGUGAGAGCAUUGGACAGGAAAAAUCGCAGUCCGCUUCAUUCAGCUGCCUACAGGGGUUGCAGCAUCUCCGUGCAGUUGUUGAUCCAAAAUGGAGCUGAAAUUCACCUUGCUGACAACAAAGGGUGGCUGCCUUUGCACCUUGCUGCUGCUGGAGGGCACAGAACGACUUUUGAAGUUUUGCUUCAAAAUGGAAGUGAUGUCACACUUGUGGACAGGAAAGGAAGAACGUGCCUUCAUCUUGUCGCAAAAUAUGGUCCAUGUGGUUGGGAAGAGUUGUUUGAACUUUUGAACAUUCAUGGCGGCAACAUUAAUGCCAAAGAUUUUAGUGGACAAACAGUAUUCGGGGCGUCACUAACUCCCAAGAAAUACAUAGAUGAACACCAUUUUUUUACAAGGUUCCUUCAACUGUACAUGGAGAAUGGGGGUGACGUACAUGCUGUUGACUUGGUGACUGGUCGAACAACUCUUCAUGUUGCUGCAGCCUGUUCCCUUACUGAUAUUGCCGACAAUCUUUUAGAUGAAGGAUUGAACCUUGAAGCAAGAGACAAGAACGGAGACACACCUUUACACAGGGCAUCGGCACGGGGGACUCCCGAUAUGAUCCAGGGACUUGUAGAGAAAGGAGCUGACCUGUCUGCUGUCAAUAAAAGAGGUCAAACGCCAUUGCUGGUCUGUGUUGCUCUCAACGUCUCUACAGAGGGAUCCACUGUUUUAAUAGAAAAUGGAGGUGACGUAAAUACUGCAGAUAACAGUGGUAACACAGCUCUCCACUACGCCGUUAGACGUGGCCAGAAUUUUCUGGACAUGCUGAUCAAGAAUGGUGCAGAUGUUAAUGCCGUCAACUCAGUCGGAUGCACUCCGCUCCACGUAACCGCUGGGUAUGCAAAGUCGGCAGAAGCUAUUAAUGUUCUUUUAAGUGCAGGUGGCGAUGUCCAUUGUCGCGAUAAGCAAGGGAAUACGCCACUACACUUGGCUGCUGCAGAGGGCAACUAUAACACCGCUGCAGUUCUCAUAGAGAAAGGAAGCGACGUUCACGCUACAAACUUAAAAGGAGAAACGUGCGCACACAUGAUGGUGUUCGCACCCGAAGGAAUGGUAGAAAAAACCAUAGUUGGUGGUGGACAAGGUAACGCUGUUGAUGAUUUGGGCAGCAGUCCUCUUCAUCUUGCUCUGCUAUCAGGAAGGUGGCUGGUCGCAAAGUGUCUGCUGAAGCACGGCAGUGAUCCUAAUGCUGUUGAUUACAAAGGCAGUACUCCACUUCAUGUUGGCUGCUCCUCAGGAAGCAAAUCAGCCGUGUCAUUUUUGAUCGAUCGUGGAGGGUAAGAUAUAUGUUGGUUUAGAAAUAUUUCUAUAGUGAUUUAAAGGGAAUGUGUCACGAAAUGUAUUUCAAUGCAAUCAAUGGGAAUUGUCACCAAAUUUAGUGAAACAUAAAAAUAAAAAGAAGGUAUAAACAACACAACAAAUACAAAGGGAGGCAUGGAUGAGCAUGGUUUUUAAAAACUUAGAGUGUUGCAGUCUUUCAAAGUUCAUUUUUGCUGUAAGGUUUGAUAUUAUCAGGCUUAGGAGACAUAUUUGUAUGACUCAAGGCUCAAGUUUCAUAGCGAAUAAGGACGCGUAACUGGCUUGAUUAUGGUAAAGAAACUGAACUCGCCAGCCAUGACUUCGCAACAACGAUUUUUUAGGGCAAUACAGUGUUGCAACAUUGUUGCGAUAUUGAUUCAAGUGGUUGCAACAUUGUUCCAACAUUCCAAUGCCGCGUUGAGCAAAAAAUCGUCGUUGCGAGUCGUCCCCAGUAACAUCACCUUUAAGUGACUUGAGCAGAUGGCAAGACAAUGAAGCAUUAUUGUCUUUGCCUGUUCUUGUUGGUUGCAUUGCUUGUGCAUUGAAUUUACAAUCGCCGGAAGUUUUUCCCUAUUUACAGUGCCGGGUCACAGAAUUUACAUAUAGGAAAAUACUAUCUGAGCUUCAAAGAGCAAGAGUGUUUUCGUGACCACUGGGGAUGCUUGAGCAUUAAUCUAUCAAAGGGAAAUACCUUAAACAUCCGCUUAUACAACUUCGUAAGGGGUUUAAUGAGGGCUUAUAGACGGGCGGGAAAGGCAAGGGGUGCUGAAAAACCGACUAAAAAGGCGCUUCACAAGAAGCUACAUAGCACUGCUUUAAUCGCUUUUUUAAGUUCCAAAACGUCGUAAACAAAUCGAUACAAGCUAGAGGGGGCUUAUAUCCGGGGGAGGAUUAUGUCCGGGUGCAUUUUUUUGUUUACGGGUAGAUGGGCCUAUUACUGGGGGGAGGAGGUAUACUGGGGGUAUAAGUGGUGGAGCUUAGCGGAAGUUAACGGUAUUGGCUAACCUUUUUCUGGGUGUAAAGCUUGAAAACCCAUUACAAUUUAUUGUCCACCAUAUUUCUAAGUGUUGUCCUUUCUCUUGCAUUUGUUUUUCAGUCAUCUCGAAGCACGGGACGCCAAAGGCUGUACGCCACUUCACAUCUGUGCUGUGUUCAAUCAGACGAACACCGCAAAACUUCUUCUCGACCGCGGAGCAAGUUUGGAGGCAAGAGACAAUGAAGAAAGUACUCCAUUACAUCUCGCUUCAGCUUUUAGUGAUGCAGACAUGGUGUCAUUGCUUGUGAAGCAUGGGGCAAACGUGAAGGGAAAAGAUUCUGAAGGAAGUGUAGCUCUUCACACAGCUGCUGCUCUCGGUAGAAUGGACAUCACACGGGUCCUGAUUGAUGCUGGAAGUGACGUCAAUGCACGUGAUGCAAAUGGAAAUACACCGCUACAUGUGUCGGCAAGCUCUGGCAAGUUGGAAGUGGCUCGUUUAUUGCUGGAUGAGAAAGCGGAUAUGAAUGCAGUUAACAAUGAUGGGGUUUCACCAGUUGGUUGUGCUGAAGCAUUUGGUCACAAAAAGGUAAAGCGGUUCAUAGAAAAAAAGAUGCUGCAUGGGUGAUUGACGUCGUGCCAGUUAAGGGAAUGUGAUAACUUUCACCCUCUACCUAUCUAGUAUCAAAUUACAAGUUAGACGUUCGAGGU